ACGGUCGCAACAACCGAGACAGACAACACGGCAGCACGACGCAAUACUAAUCAUUGCUGUCGAAAGUUUUUGGAGCAUGUGGAAUAUCUGCGACGCUUCAAGUCCAUGAUAACUUUCUUACAGCCUCAAUUUGUAAAUAUAAAAAGGACUCACAGGACCUCCAUAAAACAGGACCUUCUCAGGUAAAAGCCAUGACCCAAACACCCAAACAAGUGACAACCAAUGAGCUCACACAGGACAACAAUCAAUCUGGAGAAGGCAACUGGAACUCAGAAGAACAAGAGGGCCUGGAAGUCAGCGGCCAGUGCAUAGCAGCACCUCAGUCAGCUGAAACGUUGCUUUACACCAGUUAUAAACAGAGGAGUGACGAGUUUCGGAAGUUAUUCAAAGAGGUGCCCGAGUCUGAGAAACUAAUUGCAGACUACACCUGUGCUCUCCAGAAGGAUAUCUUGUUACAAGGACGCAUCUACAUUACAGAGAAUUGUUUAUGUUUCUACAGUCAUGUUUUUCGUGGUACAAAAAUCAUGAUAAAUAUGCAGGACAUCAUUUCAAUGUCACGCGAGAAGACGGCAAAAUGGAUACCAAAUGCUAUCCAGAUCAGUACUAAUUCAGAGAAGAUAUUCUUCAGCUCAUUUUCAGCAAGGGAAAAAAGUUACCUGGGGAUAUUUCGGCUUUGGCAGAAUGUGCUAAUGGAAAAGAAACUGACCAAGUUGGAGCUGUUGCAGAUGGUUAAGCAGCAUUAUGGCAACGACUUAGGAUUGAGUCAUGAUGAAAUGGAAAGCUUUCAGACAUCAGUAGAUACCGUCACACCUACCGUGCCCAGUCUGAAUAUGCGUGGAGAGGAUUACACAGGGAGGCCAGAAAGGCCCACAUCGCUUCGUCUUCCCCAAGGGGAACUGAAUUCUUAUGAGGCCACCACACCGCAGGGAGACGAGACACAGUCCUCGGUUGGACUGCACAGCAUGCUCUCAGCAAAUGGAGGGGACGACACUCUCAGUACCCCGUCCCAUCAGCGCAGUCCAAAUCUGUCAUUAAACCGUUCAGGGUCUGAACGAGUGUCUAAACACUCCUCUCUUUCUCUGGAUCUAAAUGCCAAUGAAGACCAGCUCUCCGAUAACAGCAGAUCUGACAGCUUGGAAGAGGUGGAAGAACGUGAGACCGCGUCUACGGUGUCUCAGGGAAGGCUGUUUGUGAACAGGGUCUUUCACGUCAGUGCUGAGAAGAUGUUUGAGCUGCUUUUCACUGAUUCUGCUUUCUUGCAGAGGUUUAGGGAUAUCAGGAAGAUUAUAGGUGCAACAGCUACGCCUUGGCAAAGGGAGGCCUCUGGCGGUAUGAAAAGGACUUUGAACUACACUAUCACCAUGACUAACCCCUUGGCUGGCAAAUUCUCCACUGCCACAGAAACCCAGACACUAUUUAAAGAGUCGAGGGAGGGUCAGUACUACAUGAUAGAUUCUGAGGUCUACACACAUGAUGUCCCGUACCAUGACUACUUCUACACCCAGAAUCGCUACUAUAUCAUUCGCAACUCUAAGCACAAGUGCAGACUCAGGAUUUAUACUGAUGUCAAAUACAAAAAGCAGCCCUGGGGUCUUAUUAAAUCCUUCAUCACAAAAAACUCCUGGAGUGGCUUAGAAGAAUACUUCAGACACUUUGAGGCAGAGCUGCUAGAAGAGGAGGCAGAGUUGACUCAAGGAAGCGGAGAUGCUGGAAAGACGGGUGGUUUGCGCAGGAGGCGAAGAACUUACAGUCGCACCCUACAGGAACACAUGAAACCAGGGAAGCAGUACAGCACAGACUCAGAUCAGCAGAGAACUGGCACCAUGGGUGCCAUGGAUAUAAAGAACACAUCACACAGAUGGAACAUCACUUCGAUUGUAUUUGGGAUGAGCUUAAUACUUUUUGUUCUGGUGGUUCUGAACUUGGGGUUGUUCUUUAAACUUUGGGCCAUGGAAGAUGUUGCUCACCGUAUGUAUCUAAACACCAAGCAAAGAAUGAAGGAGAGAGUCGAGUCCAGUUUGGCACCUGACCUAGGACCCAGACAGGGUAUGCCACACAGAAGUCGAGAAGAAGCACAUUUACUGAGGACAGUACUGCAAGAUUCCAUUAAACUUCUAGAACAGCUACGCAGUUCUCUUGUGGUGCUUCAGCAGAACUUUCAGGUCUACAACAGAUCGUCCUCUCAGCUUUAAAUGGCAUUGAAUUUGGUGACCUGACAACACAAGGGUAUUCUUCCCAUAAGACUUGUCCUCGCUGAGGAGUGUUGCCAUAGGUACUGUCACCCCAGGGAAGGCUCGUAGCCAUGUUCAUCGUCUCUCUGGGUACUUUAUCGUUUUUUUUUUUUCAGUGCUGUUUUUGUCUUGGAGGGGAUCUGGUACACUGAAUUUUGCAAGUUUCCACAUGGAUGUACUAACUUGACCUUGAAUCUGAAGGUGAGAAGCAACAGUGCGUUUUGUUAUUCUUCAAAGUUGCUCAAGUUAAACAUUAAAGUAACAACAGCGUAGCAGGCUGAAGUACGAGGGCGUCUCACAAUCAUGUUUAGAACUGCUGGAUGCUGAUUUGAUGGACACAAUGUUUCUGGACUGCAACAGAAGCCUUAUAAAACUAAAAAGUCUCAGAUUUAAUGGAUUCGGUGCAUUUGCACAGGGUCUUCACUUUAAUUAUGAAGGGGGCAAUGCAGGCCCAUUGCCUCUAGCUUGCAUUAAAGAUCUGCCUAAUAUUUAGUCAUGUGGCCUUUUUGUCUUGAUUUAGAUAAUGUUCUUGUCUUAAGAUACCUCUGAGAAUUUGUAAAUGAUUGCACCUUACAACCUUUUUGAAGCAGGGAUCACUAAUGACGAAUGAUUGUGCUUAUUGAAAUUGUAGAAUGUUUGUAGGUUCUGAAUGUUCAUCAGGAUUUUAGUAACCGUACAGGUUUGUGUGAAGAUGAAAUAUUUGAAGUUUACCGUAAAGGAUGAGUAGUGAGGUUUUAAAUUGUUUACACUUGUCUUUAAAAUACCACUGUUGUUCAACUUUUAGGGACUGUAUUGUCACUGUGAAAUACAUUUUUGACACGUUCAUAUCAAUUCUUUACAAUGGGAAAAGUGUGGUAAAUUAUCAGGAGAGAAUGUAAUUCUCAAGUGUUUAAUUCUUUCACAGAAAAAUAUGUAAAGGGGUGGAUGUGUAUAGAUCUCUAUUUUUUUCUGCAUAGAUUGAAAAUUUUCUUUUGAAAUUUUUAUAAAAUUUCUUCUGAACCUAUUUAUAAAUAAAAUUCCAAUGGCAUUAA